AUGGCAGUGUCAGCAGCGAAGCAAACGGUGGUUUUGAUCCAGGCUCCUGGGGCUGUUGUAAUGCCAUGGAAGAAGUCAGCCGACGCAAUCCUCAUGAUGUUUCUGGGGGGCGAGGAAACUGGCACUGCUUGGGCAAGAAUCCUGUUCGGUGAUGAGGCCCCUGCUGGACGGCUUCCCAUCAUGAUGCCCCUGACCGAAGCGGAUUCCAUCAAGCCGGGCACAGACUUGAAUGUGGACUAUGACGAAGGCUUGCGGACUAGCUACAGGAAUCCAAGCUUCAAAGAUGCAUUUCCGUUUGGACAUGGGCUCACAUAUACGACCUUUGAGUACAGCCAGCCGGUCCUGGGAAACUGCACCUUGGAGGCCUCGGCACCAGUGGAUGCUUACGUUUGUUUGCGGCUGGCUGUUCGCAAUGUCGGACGCCGUGCAGGACGAACUGUGGUCCAGUGCUACUUGGAGAUGCCAGCAGAGGCGGGCUACGCGACCCCGAUCCUGCGAGGGUUUCGGAAGACCGGAAUCAUCCCCGCAAACGACUCCGAGUCAGUUCUGCUGCACUUUAACGCUCGGGAGCUGUCCUUCUACGAUCCCGCGUUUCAGCAGUGGAUCGUUCCCAGUCAUGUUCGCGCUCUAGUGGGAGAGUCAUCAAGAGACAUCAGGUUGAGCAUGAUGAUCAAAAUCCCACAAGGUAGCUCUCCCGGUCCUGCGCGUCGAUGGUCUGCCUUCUGGUGGCUCAUUGCCGUACUGGUGGCGAUCGCUGUGAUCGUGCCCUUCAUUUCCUACACGGUGAUAAGGCGAAAACGAGAUGACGCAUCAUCUGAGGAUUCCAGUGCUGAAUUGUCUUCUGAGUUCAGCGGGUGA